GUGGUGGGUGGUCAUCCAUCCAGUGAACCGGAGGAACCUGUGACUAGGCGCUGACCAUCCUCCAUUCCGAAGCCCGUGGACCCUUUUCUCUCCAUCAACAACAAAGCAAUAACCCAUAUCUUCAGCAGCCACGCACCUCGUCAGUUGCUGCAUAAUUGCUCCGUCGUCUUCUGGGCUUUUCACCCUCUUCUCCCGCGUUGCCCCCCGGGUCCAAACGCACUGACGCUGUUCACGAGUCAGGUGGAGCCCAGGCACCCCCAAAUCGGUGGGCAGGCGAGAAGGGACAGGCAUUGUGGCAUCUUGAACGACAGCCACCGCUUGCGAUCCUCGACACAUGCACCACCUCCCCCGGUACUUACUGUACACGACUGUACGAUUGCAACACUCAGCUGUACACUGACUGCACUGCUACCCGCAUACUUAUUGGGGCGCAACAUCAAGUAGCGCCGCGUCCUGCUUCCUUGCGGUUCUUCCGUAGCCCCCAACAACGCACGCCCCGGCGCAACUCCUCCAAACAAAACCGAGCGAUAUGUCGACAUCGGCUUCCAAGAAGCCGCCAUCUGGCGGUGUAGGGCGCGUGUCAACGGCCGAUAACGGCGCCUCCUCGCCGGGCACAUCACCAGCGCGCAAUGCGCAACGGUCAUCAACGCCAACGGCCCACGCUCGAACCCGAUCCGUCCGAGGCGGCGCGCCAGUGUCGGCCCGCGCUGCCGCUGCACGUCGAGACAGCAGCGCCUUGGGGAGCGCCGAAUCCGAUGCGCGAGCCGAGAGCGCCUCGGCCGUCGAGGAUCUUCAGCAGCGCCUGGAAAAGGAAGAAAAGUCCUCCGAGCAGUACAAGAAGCAGGUCGACGUGCUGCAGUCCAAGCUGGAUGAUGUGGUGAAGGAGUCGGCGAGACUGGAAGAGAAGGUCCACGAGUACGAGGAGCAGCUCGAGGCCCUUAGGAAUGAAAAGCGAGAUGCGACUCGUCAGAUCCGGGAGAUGGAGAAUAUUUACGAGGCGGAGCGAAGCGCGAUCCUCAAGGAAAAGGAGGAGCUGGCGAACAGGGAAGAGGAGAUGCAGACCGUCAUUCAGCGGCUCAAGGACAAUCUCGCCCAGAGAAACAACACCGAUGACGAUGGGAGGCCGUCCAGACAAACUGCUAGCUCGUCUCCGUCGCUCGACGGCGGCAGCUUCGCCCCUCCAUCAUCCCUCCACCGCAGCGACUCCCGAAACAGCUCAAAACUCAUCUUGCAAAAGGACAAACUCAUCGAGUCUCUGCGGCUGGAACUCGCAGAGGCGCAGAUCAAGCUCGUUGAAUCCGAGAACCAAGGCGGCGGGAGGCUUCAGGAGGUUGAACGUCUGCUCAUGGAGGCGCGUAUGGCCAACGCCAGGCUCAUGGAAGACAACGAGAGUUAUCAGUUGCUUCUCCAGGAGAGGACCCUCAAGGGCGACUUCGGCCAGAGCGACUUCAGCUAUAUGGGCGCCAGUGCCAACCAGGAUGCACUGAACGCUCUGGAGGGCAAGACAGGCGGCUCGAGCCUCGCCGACGAACUUUCUGACGCUGCAGCCGCCGAGGGUGAGGGCGACCGCCGCCUCGAGGCCGAGCUCAAGGCCAUGAGGGAGCAGAACAAGGCCCUCACGCUAUAUAUUAACAAGAUUAUCGAGCGCCUUCUUCAGCACCAGGAGUUCGAACACAUCCUGGACCAGUCGGGCGACGUCAAGGCCGCAGUACCCGACACGAACAAGGACCUUCCUGCGCCGCCUGGUGAGAAACCCGUUCCGAGCGGGCCAUCUCUGCUGCAACGGGCCAAGUCGAUGGCUGUGGGACAGGCAAAGCCCAAACAGCGGCCCGUUUCCAUCAUGCCCGCCUCCAACGCGGCGAGCUCGGCGCACACUGAUCCGGAGACGGCCCCGAGAAUCCCCAUCGGCAAUCUUGGGCGAUCUGCCAGCACGAGGCGGUCCAGGCCGCAGAGUGAUCAGUUCACUGGCGCCGCAAGCCUCGUCGGCCAGAUGUACAAGGGCCCCGAGGGACCGGCGUCGCCCACGCUCGGCAACCCCCGGCACUCGCACUCAUUCUUUGCGGGCCGCGCUUCCAGCGGAAGUCAAGCUCCUUCCGCCUCGGGUAACUUCCCAGGCAUGAGGAGCGAGACAUCCAGCCUGAGCGGCGACUCCAACGACAACGUGUCAACGCCGCCUUCCCAGUCUCCGCCCAGAUCGCACAGCGACAAGGGGACGACAUUUUCGGGUGCGAAACCUCGGCCGCUGCGCCUGGUGCAGGAGAACCAGGACAUGGUUAAGGACAACAAGCGAUCGAGCUGGUACUCGGGAUGGAGCUGGGGCGCCAAGAAGGAGGACUCGGCGUCGGCGCAGGCGCCGCCCGCGGGCAGCACGAUCCCGGAGUGAUGAUGCCUUUUUCCCCAUUCUUUUCCUGGUUCCCGUACGGGUGCAGUACGGGCUGGGUCACGUUGAUAUGAGAUAUCUCGGACACAUGAGAGGGCGUCUGGGGCGUGUAGACUCAUCUUUAUUCUUCAUCGGGAAGACAAAAACAUUUACAAACGUCUUCUGUGCCGUGACUAGGAUACGCGGGGCGCUUGGAUAAACCACAUGGGAGUGAGCGGAAAAGGGACGGGGGAAAGAAGAGAAGGAACGGCACACCAUGUUUGGCUUUGUCAGGGCGUGAGAGCCAACAAACCAACAAGAGUCUUGGUCUGACCACCGUUGACGUGUACUAUUUAAGGUCACCGCGGAGUACAAAGUAUAUGCAUUGCUGAUUCAAACAGGCAGCGGGACGAUUACAUGCAUGCAUGUGUGCUCAAACAGCACCGUCCAAGCUGUUCCAACGUAAUUCUCCAUCCGCAGGUAUCGGGGAGGCAUUCCCUAGCCAUGGGCGGCCAGGACCUUCCUUGGAUGAGGCACUUUGGCUCCAAGCCGGGCAAUGGAAGGCGAGACGAAUUGACCGUGAGACCAGGCGCUGCUUCGGGAGCAGAUGCCAGAAGGAGCAGCGGCAGCAUAUCUCUCAAUAUCACCAAUCAAGAGGUGGGUUCGGUCCUAUGGGAUCCGUUUCUGCGAGUCGGGGCGAUCACGACAACGGCAGUGGCCCACGAAGGGAAUGGGGAAGUUUGUACAGCCGCUCAGUCGGGACGGGUCGGUCGGUUGGUCAGCCGCUCGGCCUCUCUUCCAUUCCUACUACAUCCGCCGGUCGGGCGGCUGCGUGCGCCGGGCGUGGAGACAUGCACCGGGGGGGGAAGGCGACUCAUGAGAUGCCACGACGUGGAGGUUGUGCGUGUGCGGUGCGGGAACAGCUCCGUUUUGCUGGAACAUGACAGAGGUAAAGAGAGGCCAGGAGUAGAUCAGACGUAUGCCUCUACGGUUCACGAAAGGCGGAGGAGCACCCCCUCGAUUUGUGUCUCUCUUUGAGAUGCGGAGGUGGAUAACCUUACUCAGGC